AUACCCAUUCAAGAACGCCUCCUCUUCAUGUGUGAAUGGAAGAAUAAGAAGAACAAGCUAAUUAACAUCUUCUGCCCGAUAAAUCUUUCUAAGUUUCUUCUGUAUUUUGCUACCGCUGUCCAUUUCUACCCGGUUCCGAUCAGCUAUGGAGUUCUUCCACAACGCCAAGGCCGUGCGUCUCCGUAGCCACCACAACAAGUACCUCCUAGCUGACGAAGAUGAGGAAUCUGUCUCCCAAGACCGAAACGGAUCCUCCAAGAGCACUAGAUGGACUGUGGAGUCCGUCCUUGGAUCCGACACCAUAAUCCGCCUUAAGUCUUGCUAUGGUAAGUACCUCACCGCUUCUAACCAGCCUUUUCUUCUUGGCAUGACUGGUCGCAAGGUCCUUCAGACUUUGCCCAGGAGGCUUGAUUCCUCCGUCGACUGGGAACCCAUCAGGGAUGGGACUCAGGUUAAGCUCAAGACCCGGUAUGGAAACUUCUUGAGAGCCAACGGGGGACUCCCGCCUUGGAGAAAUUCGGUGACUCAUGAUAUUCCUCAUAGAACUGCUACUCAAGAUUGGGUUCUUUGGGACGUUGAUAUUGUUGAUAUUCAAGUCAGGUCUUCGCGUCAAGAGAAGUCGGAGCCGCAACCCAUCCCUCAUUCAGAUUCUUUGGAUUUCGAUCCCAGUUCGCCCUCUUCGGUCUCUAUCAAAUCUGGCACUUUUUCGAGACAAGAGUCGACUGAAUCUAAUGUGAGUUCGCCUCCUAAAUCUGAGGGAAGAACUAUAUACUACCACCUGGCGGAUGAGAGUGGGGAUGUAGAUGAUGAUAUUGUGGAGGCUUAUUCAUUGCAUUUUAAGGGAAAUGGCGUUGAUGGGUUGACUCAGAAAUUAAGGGAAGAGACGGGUCUUCAGGAUAUUAUUGUCUGUUCUCGUAGUCCUUUGAAUGGAAAGCUUUAUCCACUUCGAUUGCAGCUUCCUCCAAACAAUGCCGAUAUGCAUGUCGUCGUAAUUGAGUCAUCGUCCAAAGUGGCCAAAGAUUUUGCAAACCAAGGAGUCGCAUUAUGACAUACAAUGGAGGGGACAGUCAUUGAAGUUUUGUUAUUUUUUCACAAUUAUUUCUUCUGUACAUUCUAUUCAGUCCUCUUAUCAUCAAGUUGAAAGGACAACGAGAACCUAUUUAUCAAAUGGAACAACCUUUUCCGACCAUGGUGGUUGGACAGUAAGAAAUUAAAGAAUCUUGUGGAGUGAAGCUAUUAGCGUAAGUGUUGUCACAACUACAAUGUGAUUUCUUUAUAGCUUUGUUGAUUAAUUUUUGUUGUAAAAUAAUUUUGUCGCACCAAUUUGUGUGUGAAAAAUGUGUUGUUUCGGCGAUUUGGUGUGUAGGGUCCGAGUCUUUUUCUCAUCUUAAUUAGCAAGGCCUGGCCUGUGCAACUGAAAAGUACUGCCGGUGAAAUGGAAUCGUGGGUUUUAAAGAUUCAGGUAGUGUCUAGAAUGGUGACACAUAGUCAAGAUGAAUUUGAGCAAUUCGGGUGACAUGAUGCUUUUGAGGUCAUGCGACUACUUCAUUAUAGGAGAUUGAUUCUGAUAGGGUUACGCUGUAUGUCUAUGAAAAUCCUCUCUUUUCAACACGAAAAAUUCUUAUUUAUAAGAUUAACACGUCAAUAUUUAUCUGA